AUGGACACCUCAGCUUAUCAGCCCGUGUCUGGCCUCCCCGAAAGCAGCACCGCUGAACCAAGCAUAUCGCCGGCUGCCCACAAAACCCCUAUCUCGGCGCACCACACGCCCGCCACCGCCGCCUCUGCUCGCCAGCUCAUCCAUCGCACGUCGUCGACGCGCACGCCGCUGGAGGAGUCUGAACAGCGACUGGAUACUGCUACGCGCCCGGUUGCCUGGGCAAAGUUCGGGGUGCAGGUCCACGACGUGUCCGGCGCCGAUGCCAACGAAGACGAUCCAAAGACGCUUGAGCUGCUCGAGCGCCUCUACACGAUUUCCGAGCCCAAAGAUUACCCGCGCUUCAAGAUCCGCCAGAUCCCAACCACGAGGCGUCGCCUUGAUCCCAUUGGCAACGCCAUGGACUACCAGACCCAGGAAAAGCACUUCCCGAUGCCGGGCAAUCCACCAGCCGUUCCGCAGGUGCUGAACAAAAACUCGGCACUCAAGGCCCGCAAGCCCGUCGUCGUUCCAACCAGCUCGACGCACAACCGGCUCGACGCCCAGAGCGGUAAAAACAAGGGUCUCUCUCUGUCCCGGCUCGACCAUAUCCUGCGACCGCCCAAACGCGGAACUGACGAGCUCCUCGUCACCGAGGAGGUUCACUUCAACAUCCGAUCCAAGACCCCCGUGAUUCCGCCGAUCCCCUCGGCCCCAUCGACACCCAUGUCGCCCUCGUCCGCACCCCAGUCUGCCUCGGCAACGGCUCCUGCGUCCCGCCGCACCGCCAAGCGUGUGCGCAUGGUCGAGCCCGACCGAGACGGACAGUCCGAAUCUGCUCCUCCCGAGGCCGAAGUACCCGACGACAUGGAUCUAGAUGUUUCCGGAUCGAUGACCCUGGCCGCAGACAUUGCUCAGAGUCAGCCGGCACACCGAGACCCCUUCCAGUUUAUCAAAUAUCUCGAUGCCAACCCGGGCACGGGCGAGUUUGUCUAUAUGAAUCGCAUCAGCGACGCCGUCAAGGGCAGCCAGUCCACCUUCAAUCCCUAUCAUCUUGAGAUUGUCGACUUUUCCAAGGUGUCGCCCAGCAACGGCUAUUAUACACUGAGCUUUGCGGGUGUCACCCACUUUGACCACCAGGGUCACGGCGAUUUCACGCCCCUCAAGCAGUGGCUACGCGAGUAUGCGCUCUUCCACAGCCUCCUCAAGAUUCCGUUCUUUGCUCGGUAUCGCAUGUGGAAGUGCUUCACUCUGUGGAAGCGCACGGUCCUACACACCAAGAUUCUGUUUUCCAAGCGUCGGCUCUCAGACAACCUGUUCUUGGUGCAUCCAAUUCUGCGCAAGACACUGCUGGACGUCCGAGCCUGUUGCGCGGAUGUUAUUAUCUAUCGGCGAUUUGUCCGCAUCCAGGAGCAGCACAGCUACAACCUAUCCGAGUUUGAGAAGGAGCAGGUGGAGUGGGUUGAGUCGGUGGGGACCAAGGUCUUGAGCGCCCUCGAACUUGACGUCCGCAAGCUGGUUGAGCAAGCCGGAGUGGCUUGCUUGCAAGAAAAAGGGCGAUCCGAGUGUCGUCGGAUCCAACGCUUUGUCAAGCUCGUUGACUACAUGAUCGUCGGAACACUGCAGGUCAUGGCGAUAGAGAGCACCAGGGAUCUGCUCAAGUACGUCUAUCGCGGCUGCAAGGACGCGGAUGUCGUUGUCGAUAACGCAAGCGGCGCGGCCGAUCCAGCCCCUGCUCCAGUCGUAUUUGAAGGCGAGACCGGAGCCAGCCACGAUGCCAGGGAUGGAGAAGCCGACAGUAAGCGACUUGAAGCGCCCGAGGGCGAUGCCAUGGAGGCUGAAUCGUACAUCCAGCGGAUCCCUGGCGUGCAAGUCGGCGGCGUGGUCGUGGGAACCGAGGUCGGCACCAGCGAGCUCAUCGAGAAGGGGUUUGACGGAUUCCCGACCAUCUUGAGUCGCAUUGUAAAGGACUCGAUGGAGCACAUGGAGCUCACCGAGAUCAUCGAGGACGACGGCUCGCCUGCUGAUAUCGCCGAGAUGGAAGACGAAACCCACAACGUCGCCGCGGCAGCUCCGGGCAAGCCCGAGCCGGCAAAGGCGGCAAAAAAAGGCGAGAAGGAGGGCUCGAAGGAGAAGGCGCACACGUUCUGUCCGCUAUUCAAGACCGAGCAGCUGAUAGCUCAGACGGCUCCCACCAAGCAUCUGUACUUCAAUCCAGGUCUCAUGGAAUACCUAACCCUCGUCGACAACCUCAUCAAGCUGUACUUGUCGACCGUCGAGAAGGUGUCACUCCUGAGCAACACUAUUCCGUACUUGGAUCCGUCCAGCAUGUCCGGCGGAGCAUACUCCUCUGUUCGAGGAUUCGAGGAGACGGAAUAUGGUGAGGGCCCACAGGUCGGCAACAUUAUCAUCGAGAACGGAUACUUUCGCGAGAUAUGCGGCCGCAUCCGAGGCACGCUCGUCGGCAUGUUCUCCAAUUCCACUCGGUGGAUGCAGACCUGGGAGGAGGUUCGCAGGAUGUGGAUCGAGAACGAAAACUUUGUGGGCCUGAAGGCCCUUGAGACGGCGGCCGGCCGCAUCGGCUAUCUACUGGCAACGUCCAACAGCCAGAGCUACGAGGGAGGCAUCUCGGCAUUCUUGAUGGCCGACUUUGUGCAGCGCGAGACCGAAGCCAACCAAGCCACCGGUGCUCCCAUGACGGAUCCGAAGGACAUUGACGUUCUGAGCCUUGGCGCGAACAAGCAGAAGAUGGGCGAAAUCUCCACAACCUCCAUCAUCAACAAUCUCCUCAUCGACACUACGAACUUCAAGAGUGUCCUUACUCCCAGUCCCGAGCGAUGCUUCGAGGAGGUCGCCAAAAUCCUGCCGCACAUAGCUCGAGACAAGAAUGACCUGCUCCUGGGCGAGGUCCAGACCUGGGUGCGCAUACUCAACACGCCACCGACAAGCGUCGAAGGAUUUGUGGAGUACCUUGGCUGGCUUGAAAAGGUCAAAAACUCCAUGCUGCUCGUUGAGUGCUUCUACGACGAAGUUAGUCGUCUGUACAACUUGAUGGAGGUCCAUCACGUCCCCAUCCAGCCUACCGACCUGGCUAUGUAUCAAACCCUCGGUCCAACGAUUCGCCAACUCAAGGAAGCCGUCGACAUGGCGUCCGACACCAAGGAAGAAAACAUCACAAAGUUCUCCAUGGAUCUCGAGAAGGCCGUCUCUGAUUUGAUGACCGAGGUGUCCGAUAUCCGCAACCGCGCCCAAGACCCGAUGGUUCUCAACAGCGGAGCCAAGAGCGAGGUGGUGAUCGCCUUCCUGGAAGACCUUCGCCUGCAACUCGAGAAAGUCGAGGUUCUAAAGCAACGAUACGAGAUGUGGGGCGAGCUGUUCAAAAGCGGCGGGUCAAUCGCCGAGAUGCAGCGACAAAAGGCCGAAAGCGGGAAGCAGCAGCAAAAGAUCGAGAAAGGCGGCGAGCUUGAGGAGACCAAGGUGGAAGUCGAGCUGAAGAGGACGCUGUGGGUCAGCUUGAAGGACUGGGACGAUCUCACGAUCCGCCCAUCCCGAUAUCGCGCUGUUUGGCAGAGCGGCAGCCGCACGGUCAGCGCCAGCGCAGAGUCCUCUGAAGUGUCGCUCCACGCGCGCGACAUCUUUGAUUCGCUCAAUACCGAGGACAUCAGUGCCCAGAUCCAGAAUUACCUCAAGACCGUCUAUAACCUCGACAAAGGUCUUCCGCCCAACGAAGUCGUCCCACGUCUCAAGUCCAUGGUGGAGGAAUACCGAACCAUGUAUCCUACCAUCGUCGAUCUUCGCAACCCGGCACUCAAGCAGCGGCACUGGGACAAGAUUCAAGAUGCCCUCGGCAAGACUUUGAUCAAGGACGAAACCUUCACCCUGGGCAAGCUCAUGGAGCUGCGCGUGUUUGAGUUCAAGGAGGAAAUCAGCAACGUCUCCGCACAGGCUGGCUCCGAGGCAGCCCUGGAGGAAAUGCUCGGCCGCGUCGUGAAGCUGUGGAACGAGGCCGAGUUUAUUGUCAUCAGCUAUCGUGACAGCAAGGAUGUGUUCAUUCUCGGCGCCAUUGACGACAUCCAGACACUCUUGGAGGACAGCCAGGUCACAAUCGCGACCAUCAAGAGCUCGCGAUUCAUUGGGCCGAUCAAGGCCGAGGUCGAGCGGUGGGACAAGCAGCUCUCGCUCUUUGCUGAGACUCUUGAGGCCUGGAUGACAUGCCAGCGUAACUGGCUGUAUCUCGAGAGCAUCUUCUCGGCCCCUGAUAUUCAGCGGCAGCUGCCCGACGAGGCGCGAAUGUUCUCGCAGGUCGAUCGCUCGUGGAAAGACGUCAUGCGGAAAGUGUCCCGAAACGCCAAUGCCAUGAAGUCUGGAACCAUGCCCGGGCUUCUCGAAAUGAUGCAGCAAAACAACGUGCUGCUGGAACAGAUCCAAAAGUGCCUCGAAGACUAUCUGGAAAGCAAGCGGCUGCUGUUCCCGCGCUUUUACUUUCUUUCCAACGAGGAGUUGCUCGAGAUCUUGUCGCAGACGCGCAACCCCCAGGCAGUCCAGCCCCAUCUCAGCAAAUGCUUCGAUGCCAUCAAGAGCCUGGAGUUUUCUUCAGCCGACCCAAAAAGCAUCGAUAUUGCCGCCAUGGUUUCUCCCGAAGGCGAGCGCGUUCCAUUCCACAAGACCAUCAAGGCGCGCGGAAAUGUCGAGGCCUGGCUAGGAAGCGUCGAGGAGGCCAUGGUGGCAGUCCUCAGGCGCCUCAUCAAGACUGCGAUCGCCGAGUACGAGGAGCCCAAGCGCAACGACUGGAUCCGAGAGCAUGUCGGGCAGGUCGUUUUGACUGGCAAUCAGAUCCUGUGGUGCAAGGACAUCACGGACGUGCUCAAGACAGCCGAUCCAGUCAAGGGAAUGGUUCAGGUCAAGCAAAAGUGUAUUCAUAACCUCACCAACGUUGCGGCACUUGUCCGCGGCGACCUGACCAAGAUUCAGCGAGCGAUUCUCGGCGCCCUGAUCACCAUCGACGUCCAUAACCGCGACAUUGUCCACGGGCUCAUUGCCACAAAGUGCAAUGGCCUCGGCGACUUUGAAUGGACCAAGCAGCAGCGGUACUAUUGGGAUUCCGAGGCGGAUACGUGCCACGUCAAGAUGUCGAGCUCGCUUUUCAACUACGGAUACGAGUAUCUUGGCUGCUCGCCGCGGCUUGUGAUCACGCCGCUGACGGAUCGCUGCUACUUGACUCUGACGGGUGCCAUGCAGCUCAAUCUCGGCGGCUCGCCCGUGGGGCCCGCUGGAACAGGUAAAACCGAGACCGUCAAGGAUCUAGCCAAGGCCAUGGCCCGCCAGUGCGUUGUUUUUAACUGCUCGGACGGCAUGGACUACAAGAUGAUGGGCAAGAUGUUUGCGGGUCUGGCACAGUCGGGGGCCUGGUGCUGCUUCGACGAGUUCAACCGCAUCGACAUCGAGGUGCUCUCGGUGAUCGCACAGCAGCUGCUGACCAUCAAGAAUGCCAAGGACAUGAAGGCACUCAAGUUCAUGUUCGAAGGGCGCGAAAUCCGCCUGAUUGAAACCUGCACGGCGUUUAUCACCAUGAAUCCGGGCUAUGCAGGACGCACCGAGCUCCCAGACAACCUCAAGGCGCUGUUUCCAACGGAACUUGCGGGCUAUUCCGUUUCUCAACGAAACCAUCGCAUUCUGUGGCUAAUCGAGUGCCUUGGGGCCUGUACUAACCGCCUCACUGACGUCAUCGUCUAUCUUGGAAGAGCAGACUACGGGCUGAUUGCCGAAAUCAUGUUGUUCUCGGAGGGAUUCGAAAAUGCCAAGGUUCUUUCCGGCAAGGUCGUGAAUCUUUACAAACUCUGCUCGGAGCAGCUCUCGCAGCAAGAUCAUUAUGACUUUGGCAUGCGGGCCGUCAAGUCCGUGCUGAUCAUGGCCGGCGCCCUCAAGCGAGCGAGUCCGGAGCUGAGCGAAGAGGAAGUCUUGAUUCGAUCCCUACGCGACUCGAAUCUGCCCAAAUUCCUUGCCGAGGAUGUCGGACUUUUCAAAGGAAUUCUUUGCGAUCUCUUCCCUGGAGUCAAGAUCGUCGAGCGCGAUUUUGGCGAUCUGGUCAUCGUCAUCAAGGAAGUGAUGAGGGAGCGAUCACUCGAAGUUGUGGACAGCUUCAUUACGCGAAUAUGUCAGCUGGCCGAGACUAUGCGCAUCCGGCAUGGCGUCAUGCUUGUUGGGCCCACGGGAGGCGGAAAGACGACUUGCUACGAGCUGCUGAAGGAAAGCUUCACAAGGAUUCGCGACCGGAACCUCCCUGGUAACGACUAUCAGCGCGUCAAGACAUGGGUGCUGAAUCCAAAGGCAAGUGCCGAUGCUGAAAGCGCCGCUCGCUCUCAAACUUUUGUUGAAGCGGCAUGGUCUUUAUGCGUUACAAUGAACGAGCUCUAUGGUGAAUUCAAUCUUGCAACUAUGGAGUGGAAGGACGGCUUGAUCGGCAUCGUGUUCCGUGCGCAAGUCCAGGACACGUCCCCCGAUGAAAAGUGGACAGUUUGCGACGGCCCUGUUGAUGCACUCUGGAUCGAGAACAUGAAUACGGUCCUGGACGACAACAAGCUCCUCACUCUUAUCAACGGAGAGAGAAUCAAGAUGACCCCGCAGAUGCACAUGCUCUUUGAGGUUAUGGAUCUGGCUGUUGCAUCGCCUGCAACCGUGAGUCGCUGCGGCAUGGUGUACAUGGACCCGGUCGAUCUGGGAUGGCGCCCGUUUGUGCUUGCGUGGUCCCGGCGGCUUCCCGAACACAUCAAACAAGAACUGUGCGAGUAUUUCGUCUCUCUCUUUGACCUCUAUGUCGACAGAGGUCUACGCUACGUCCGCAAGUUCUGCAAGGAAUACAUCAAGAGUGUCAACAUCAAUCUUGUCGCGAGCCUGUGUCGCCUCAUUCAAACCUUUGUGAAUCGCCGGACCGAGAUUGACUUUUCGCUCGGUAUCGGGGACCUCAAGAUCCUGUUCAGCCACAUCUUUGUCUUUUGCUAUGUCUGGGCACUCGGCGGGAAUCUGGCGAACGGGGAGCAAGAUGGAUUCGAUACCUUCCUCCGCGACAUGCUCGAGACCACGCCCCUUGCCGAUCUGCAGCUGCCGUCCUCAAACAACGUGUUUUGCUACUACAUCGACAUCAAGACCAAGGGAUUUGCGCUGUGGGAUGACAUUGUGCCUGCCUUCAAGUAUUCCGACGACAUCCCGUACUUCCAGAUGAUUGUGCCCACGACCGACACGGUCAAAUACGCCUACCUUCUCGAGGCCCUGCUCUCGUCUGGCUACCCUACGCUCUUCACGGGCAGCACUGGCGUCGGCAAAUCCAUCAUCGUUCAGGACCUGCUCAACCGAUGCUCCAAAAAGUAUGGCUAUGUGUCAGUCACCCUCAAUUUCUCGGCACAAACAAGCAGCUUUCAAACGCAGCAGCAGAUCGAACUCAAGCUGGAGAAGAAGCGGAAGAACAUCCUGGGCGCACCAACAGGCUCAAACAAGCUCGUGCUCUUUGUAGACGAUCUCAACAUGCCCAAGCUCGAUACAUAUGGAUCCCAGCCUCCGAUCGAGCUCAUUCGGCAGUACCUGGACUUUGGUGGUUUCUACGAUCGCGAGAAGCUGGGCUGGACCAUCAUUCAAGACGUUGAGAUUGUGGCGGCCUGCGCUCCGCCUGGUGGCGGCAGGAACCAUGUUACGCCCCGCCUGAUCCGCCACUUUAACUUGUUCAGCAUCCCCACACCAAACGAAAUGUCGCUGGCCAAGAUCUUCCGCUCGAUCGUCGAAGGGUUCCUCAAACCGUUCACCUCCGACGUGCGCUCAGCAGGAGAGGCAAUUGUCAACUCAUCCAUCGAAAUCUACCAUCGCAUGUGCACCGAGUUGCUGCCGACCCCAGCAAAGUCGCACUACACCUUCAACAUGCGAGACCUGUCCAAAGUCAUCCAGGGUAUCCUGCAGGUUAAGCCCAUGACCAUCCAGACCCGGUUGGAUAUGGCCAAGCUGUUCUGCCACGAAUCGUCUCGCGUCUUCCACGACCGUCUGAUUGACGACACCGAUCGGCAAUACUACAACAAGGUGCUAUCCGAGCUGGUCGAGAAGAACUUUUCGAUUCAGAUUCCAAAGGAGACGCUCGGCCAGCGACCGAUCAUGUUUGGCGACUUUGGAAAGCGCGGCGUGCCGCCCGAGGAACGACUUUACGUUGAAUUGGCGGACAUGAAGGCACUCAACACGCUUCUGGAGGAGUAUCUCGAGGAAUACAACGUCACGAUGAGCAAGGACGUGAGGCUCAUCUUCUUCCUUGACGCCAAGCAGCACAUCACGCGCAUCGCCCGCAUCAUUCGGCAACCGCGAGGCAACGCUCUGCUCGUCGGGGUUGGCGGCACGGGCAAGCAGUCGCUGACUCGACUGGCCUGCCACAUGUCAGACUACCAGUGUCUGCAGAUUGAGCUCACACGAACCUAUGGAGAUGUCGAGUGGCGUGAAGACAUCAAGAAAGUGUAUCGCCUUGCCGGUGUCGAUGGCAAGAACACGGUUUUCUUGCUUUCGGACACCCAAAUCAAGCAAGAGUCCUUCCUGGAGGACAUCAACAACAUCCUCAACUCUGGAGAGGUUCCGAAUCUUCUCGAGUUUGACGAGCGAGAAAAAGUCCUCGGCGAUCUCCGGCCCAUAGCCCGCGAGAAGGGCCUGCCAGAGGAUCGUGACAGCGUCUACCAAUUCUUCAUCAGCCGUGUCCGAGACAAUCUGCACAUUGUGCUUGCCACUAGCCCCGUAGGAGAUACCUUCCGCAACCGAUGCCGCAUGUUUCCAUCGCUGGUCAACUGCUGUACAAUCGAUUGGUUCGACGAGUGGCCCAAAGAUGCCCUGCUAUCGGUGUCGCAGCGAUUCUUUGAGUUUGUCGAUCUUGGCUCGGAGGAGAUGCGCGAAAAGAUCGCCUCGAUGUGCGUCGAUAUCCACUCUUCCGUGGGCGAGAUGGCCAAAAAGUUCUACACAGCGCUGAGGAGAAAGUACUACACGACGCCAACAAGCUACCUGGAGCUCAUCAACCUCUAUGUUGCGAUGCUACAGGAGAAGCGCAAGGAGCUGGGGGCCUCCCGUGAUCGGCUCAAAAACGGCCUGAACAAGCUGCAGGAGACCAACGACCUUGUCGCCAACAUGCAAAUCGAGCUCGAGCAGCUCGGCCCGGUAUUGAAGCAGAGCGCCCAGGACGUGGAGGUGCUGAUGGUCAAGAUUGCCAAGGACCAGGAAACGGCAGACGGGGUGCGGAAAGUGGUGUCUGAGGAGGAGGCGAUUGUCCGCGAAAAGGCCAUUGCGACCGAGGCCAUUGCUGCCGAAGCGCAGAAGGAUCUGGACGAAGCCCUGCCCGCUCUGCAGUCGGCAUACAAGGCCCUCGAGGCUCUCGACAAAAAGGACAUUGCGGAGCUGAAGGUGUUCACGAAACCACCUGAUGCGGUGCUCAUGGUGAUGGAGUCCAUUUGCUUGCUCUUCAAGGUCAAGCCCGACUGGGAAAACUCCAAAAAGCUGCUGGGAGACUCACAGUUCAUGAAGAAGAUGCAAGACUACGACAAAGACAACAUCCCCGAGGCCAUCCAGAAAAAGCUGCAGAAGUACAUCCAGAACCCAAACUUCAACCCGGAGGCGGUCGAGCGAGUGUCCAAGGCCUGCAAGAGCAUGUGCAUGUGGGUCGUUGCUAUGGAUCUCUAUUCGCGCGUGUUCAAGGAGGUGGCUCCAAAGCGCAAGCGACUCGAAGAAGCCCAGCAAAUGCUUGAAGCCACCAUGGCCAAGCUCGCCGAGAAGACCGCGGCUCUGCAAGAAGUCGAGUCGCAGCUGCAGAAGCUCAAGAACAAAUACGAAACCUCGAUUGCAACCAAAAAGCAGCUCUCGGAUAAAAUGGAGGAAACCACCCGGCGGUUGGGUCGGGCCAGCAAGCUGACGCUGGCUCUGGCAGACGAACAGAUCCGCUGGACCGAGUCCGUGGAGCGGCUGAGCGAGCAGAUCGAGGCGCUGGUCGGCAACAUAUUUUUGAGCUCGGCCUGCGUAGCCUACUACGGCGCCUUUACCUCGACGUACCGCAUCGAGCUCGUUCAGGAGUGGGUCGGGCGCUGCAAGCAAAUCGGCAUCCCGGUGUCGGAUAACUUUACACUGAUGGAGCACCUUGCCGAUCCCGCGGUUGUUCGGGACUGGAACAUUCAGGGUCUCCCCGCAGACGAGCUCUCGAUCGAAAACGGUAUCCUUGUCACACGCGGUCGCCGUUGGCCCCUAAUGAUUGAUCCCCAGGGCCAGGCUAACAACUGGAUCCGCAAGAUGGAGGGCAACGAGCUCAAGAUUGUCAAGCUCAGCGACUCCAAGUUCUUGCGGUCUCUGGAAAAUGCGAUCCGCACGGGGCAGCCCGUGUUGAUGGAGGACGUGGGCGAGCAACUCGACCCUGCUCUUGAGCCUUUGUUGCUCAAGCAAACUGUGAGGCAGGGUGGCCGACUGUUGAUGAAGCUCGGAGACUCAUUCGUCGAGUACGACCGCAACUUCAAGCUGUAUAUCACCACCAAGCUUGCGAAUCCGCACUAUUUGCCGGAAGUGUGCAUCAAAGUCACAAUCAUCAACUUCACGGUCACCAAGGCCGGCCUGGAGGGGCAGCUGCUCGCAGACGUCGUGAAGCUCGAGCGGCCCGAGCUCGAGGAGCAGCGCAACUCACUGAUUGUCAAUAUUGCGAACGACAAGAAGCAGCUCAAGGACAUUGAGGAGAAGAUUCUCAAGCUCCUGUUCAACUCCCAGGGCAACAUCCUCGACGACGAGGAGCUGAUCAACACUCUGAACCAAUCCAAGGUCACCUCUGCCGCGAUCAAGGAGCGCGUAGCCCAGGCCGAGCAGACCGAGAAGGAAAUCAAUAUUGCGCGCGAGCGAUAUCGCCCCGUGGCGAUCCGCGGCUCGGUACUGUACUUUGUGAUCGCAGACCUGUCCGAGAUCGACUCGAUGUAUCAGUUUUCGCUCAAGUACUUCAAGAACCUCUUCAGCAGGUGCAUUGUCGAUUCCGAAAAGUCGGACGACCUGCUGCGCCGCAUCGAGAUCCUGUGCAGCAACAUUACAUUCACGAUCUUCUCGAAUGUCUCUCGCGGGCUGUUUGAGCAGCAUAAGAUGAUCUAUUCGUUCAUGAUCUGCAUUGAGAUCAUGCGCGAGCGCAAGCAGAUCGACGACACCGAGUGGAACUUUUUCCUUCGGGGCGGUGGGGCGCUGAGAACUGAGCUGCCGCCAAAGCCCACCUGCCGCUGGCUCUCCAAUUACAUGUGGCAGAACUGCUGCGACCUCGCUGCAUCGAUCCCAGAGUAUAGCUAUCUCGUCGAGCACAUGUCGACAUACACCAGCGACUGGGAAAAGAUGGUCGAGUCCGAUACACCGUUUUUCGAAGCCAUUCCGGGCGACACCAAGGGCAACCUCAGCGAUUUCAAAAAGCUGAUCUUGGUUCGGGUCCUUCGCGAAGAGAAGCUCGUCCAGUCCGUCAUUGACUUUCUGAAGCGCAACAUUGGCUCUGAGUUCAUCGACAUCCCGCCCCUGGACCUGGCCAAAGCCUUCCAAGACACCAACUACCAGACACCCUUCAUCUUCAUACUCUCGACCGGGUCAGAUCCUACCGCAGCACUAAUGAAGUUUGCAGCCUCCAAGGAUGUUGAGAUGCAAGACCGGCUCCACAUGAUCUCGCUUGGACAGGGACAAGGACCAAUCGCAGAAGAUCUUGUUCGGCGCGCCCUGGUCAGUGGCGACUGGGUGUUCCUGCAGAACUGCCACCUGGCCGCGUCGUGGAUGACCAAGCUCGAGAACAUGGUCAAGGAAUUCUCGAGCCCCGAGGCAGAUAUCCAUCGUAACUUUCGCCUGUUUUUGUCAUCGAUGCCGUCCAAGGUGUUUCCGACGGCGGUGCUGCAAGAGGGCGUCAAGAUCACCAACGAGCCCCCCAAGGGCCUGCGAGCCAAUCUUGCCCGCAGCUUUGCCGAUAUUUCCAAAGACCUCUUUGACGAACACCCACCGCAGGGCGUGCGCUUCCGCAAGUUGCUGUUUGGCGUGUGCUUCUUCAACGCCAUCAUUCACGAGCGGAAGAAAUUCGGUGCCCUCGGAUGGAACAUCAUGUACGACUGGAGCAACUCGGAUCUGGAGGUUUCGAUUAUUAUGCUACGGAAUCUUCUGCAGGAGCACAAGGCAGUCGCCUGGGACGCACUCACGUACCUCACGGGCGAGAUCACAUUCGGCGGCCGCGUCACGGACGACUGGGAUCGGCGCACGCUCAAAUCGAUUCUGGCCAAGUACUACAAUCCUCAGAUCCUCGAGGAGGGCUACAAAUUCUCGCCCUCGGGGGUGUACUACGCGCCGCCUGAUGGCGAUCUUGCAAGCUUUCGGACCUACAUCGAGUCGCUGCCUUAUACGGAGGAGCCCUCGGUCUUUGGAAUGCACGAAAAUGCCAACAUCAGCUUCCAGCUUCAGGAAACCCGCCGACUCCUCAAGACUGUCCUCGAUGUCCAGCCCCGCCUCAUGUCGGCUGGAGGCGGUAAAUCGAGCGAUCAGAUGGUCAGCGACAUCGCAACCAACAUUCUGGAAUCAUGGCCUGGGGCGAUCACUGUCGAGGUGCCCGGCAGCGAGGGAGCCAUCAAAGACAGCGACGCGCCGAACAGCAAGAUCCUCGAGGAGAUGUUCCGUCGCGACGAAGAUGGCCGGAUGCUCAAUUCGCUCAGCACGGUGCUGCUGCAGGAAACCGUGCGAUUCAACAAGCUGAAUCUGGUUGUGCGAGCCAGUCUCGAGUCGCUCAACAAGGCUGUCAAAGGACUGGUGGUGAUGAGCUCCGAGCUCGAGAAGGUGUUCCGCAGCUUGCUCAAUAACGAGGUUCCGGCGAGUUGGUCGGCGGUUUCGUAUCCAUCUCUGAAGCCGCUGGGCGGCUGGGUCAAGGACUUUCACAAGCGAGUGGCAGAACUAAAUCAGUGGAUUGAGCAUGGGCAGCCCGCGUCGUUCUGGCUCUCUGGCUUUUACUUUCCACAAGGCUUCCUGACCGGAGUUCUGCAAAACCAUGCACGCAAGUACAACGUGCCAAUCGACACGCUUGUGUUUGCAUACAAAGUCUCCGACUAUGAGGACGGCGAAUCGAUCCGGACGACGAGAAACACAGGCGCAGCGGCAACACCGGCGGCGGCUGAUGGCUCUGAGUCUGCUCCUGGUAGCAGCGGAGAAUAUACCUCAAGCCAAGGCAACGAUGAGGGCAUCACCUAUCCGGAUCAUGACGGUGUGUUUGUGUCUGGACUGUUUAUCGAAGGUGCACGAUGGGACCGAGACAAACGGUCACUUCACGACUCGUUUCCCAUGGAGAUGUUUUCGACCAUGCCUCUCCUCAGGUUCAUUCCAACCCAGAUUCCCCAAGCCGACAGCACCCUCUAUGUCUGCCCGCUGUACAAGACAUCGGCGCGAGCCGGAACGCUUUCGACCACGGGGCAGUCCACCAACUUCAUUGUCUCGAUCAACCUGCCGACUUCGUAUCCGCCUGCGUAUUGGAUAGCCAAAGGCGUUGCAUUGCUGUGCCAACUCGACGAGUAAAUCCAUCACGGCAACCCUCAAUCCCUUCAGAAUCAUCGACCCGGCACGGCGGCGCAGUGGCAUUCCGUAUUGCUGUGACCAAGUGCUGUUCCACAUCGCAAGCGUCCAUUCAUCCUCGAUAUUCGGGAUACAAUAUAAGUGGAUCCUAAAGACCAUG